UUUAAAUACUCACAGCCUUCCCGUAAGAGCAGCUGCACUUGUGCGGAAAGAGAGAAGGAGCCGUGACAUUCCACCUCGUGUUCUCGCCUGAUUAACUUAAACCGUAAAGAUGUCCACUCAGGAAAAGCUCAUCAGCCAUGUGAUGAAGGAGGAGCCAAUUGGCUGCCGGAACAAGGUGACGGUGGUCGGAGUCGGCAUGGUGGGCAUGGCAUCCGCCAUCAGCAUACUGCUCAAGGAUCUGUGUGAUGAGCUGGCCCUGGUUGACGUGAUGGAGGACAAGUUGAAGGGUGAAGCCAUGGACCUGCAGCACGGCGCCCUCUUCCUCAAGACGCACAAGAUUGUGGCCGACAAAGACUACAGCGUGACCGCCAACUCCAAGGUGGUGGUGGUGACUGCCGGGGCCCGCCAGCAGGAGGGCGAGAGCCGCCUUAAUCUGGUGCAGCGCAACGUUAACAUUUUCAAAUUCAUCAUCCCCAACAUUGUGAAAUACAGCCCCAACUGCAUCCUGCUGGUGGUCUCAAACCCAGUCGACAUCCUGACCUACGUGGCAUGGAAGCUGAGUGGUUUCCCACGUCACCGCGUCAUUGGCUCUGGCACCAACCUGGACAGCGCCCGUUUCCGCCACCUCAUGGGAGAGAAGUUCCACCUUCACCCUGCAAGCUGCCACGGCUGGAUCAUCGGAGAGCAUGGAGACUCGAGUGUGGCUGUGUGGAGUGGUGUGAAUAUUGCUGGAGUUUCUCUGCAAAAACUCAACCCAAAUAUGGGUGCAGAUGGUGACAGCGAGAACUGGAAGGACGUGCAUAAGAAGGUGGUUGAUGGGGCCUAUGAGGUCAUCAAGCUGAAGGGCUACACCUCCUGGGCUAUUGGCAUGUCUGUGGCUGAUUUAGUGGAGAGCAUUUUGAAGAACCUGCACAAAGUUCACCCCGUGUCCACACUUGUCCAGGGAAUGCAUGGUGUGAAGGAUGAGGUUUUCCUGAGCAUCCCGUGUGUUCUGGGCAACAGUGGCCUGACCGAUGUCAUUCACAUGACGCUGAAACCCGAGGAGGAGACGCAGCUGGUGAAGAGCGCCGAGACCCUGUGGGGCGUGCAGAAGGAGCUCACUCUGUGAAGAGCUCUCCUUUAAAACCUUAAACACUCCUGAAAAAUCCCAGCAAAUACUCUGCGGUUGAUCCCCCUCCUACUUUACCUCUCGUUUCUUUCCCAGAGCAACAAGACUUCUGAAUAUAAUAAAAGUCGAAGUGUCUAUAGCUAAGUCAUUC